GUCGACCGGCGCUGAGUGCUCAGUGGAUCUCAGUCGCUGCUGUUCAACGGUGUCUCCAGGGAGCGCUUCUUCAGUCAUGGCCCGCAUCGCUCUCUUCGUCCUACCGCUGUUGGCGGCUCUGUGCCUCGCUGAACCCUCCGUCUACCUCCAAGAGGAAUUCGGGGAUGGAGAUGCCUGGAAAGAACGCUGGAUACAGUCUAAGCACAGUUCAGACUAUGGCGAGUUUAAGCUUAGUGCGGGCAAGUUUUACGGAGACGCAGAGAAAGACAAAGGUCUCCAGACCAGCCAAGAUGCCAAAUUCUAUGCCCACUCUACUGGAUUCCCUGCUUUCUCCAGCAAAGACAAGACUCUUGUAGUUCAGUUCUCAGUGAAGCACGAGCAGAACAUUGACUGUGGCGGUGGAUACGUGAAGCUUUUCCCAAGCACUCUAGAGCAGACUGACAUGCAUGGAGAGUCCGAAUACAACAUCAUGUUUGGUCCUGACAUUUGUGGGCCACCCACCAAGAAAGUUCAUGUCAUCUUCCACUACAAGGGAAAGAACUUGCAGAUCAACAAAGAUAUCCGAUGCAAAGACGAUGUUUACAGUCAUCUCUACACUUUGAUUGUACGCCCCGAUAACACUUAUGAGGUGAAAAUUGAUAACAGCAAGGUUGAAUCUGGCAACCUGGAGGACGACUGGGACUUCCUUCCUGCCAAGAAAAUCAAGGACCCUGAGGCCAAGAAGCCUGAUGACUGGGAUGAGCGUCCCAAAAUUGAUGAUCCUGAGGACAAGAAACCAGAGGACUGGGAAAAGCCAGAACAUAUCCCAGACCCAGAUGCAGUGAAACCAGAAGAUUGGGAUGAGGAGAUGGAUGGAGAGUGGGAGCCACCAGUCAUCACAAAUCCAGAGUACAAGGGAGAGUGGAAACCACGCCAGGUUGACAACCCUGACUACAAAGGAAAGUGGGUGCACCCAGAGAUCGACAACCCAGAAUAUAUCCCAGAUCCUACUCUGUACUCCUAUGAAGACUUUGGAGCUUUGGGCCUUGAUCUGUGGCAGGUGAAAUCUGGCACCAUCUUUGACAACUUCUUGAUUACAGACGAUGAGAAGUUUGCAGAGGAACAGGCUGCUAAUACAUGGGGAGUCACAAAGGAAGGAGAGAAAAAGAUGAAGGAACAGCAGGAUGAGGAGGAGCGCAAGAAACAGGAGGAGGAAGAGAAAAAGAGGAAAGAGCAAGAGCCUUCUGAAGAGCCUGCUGAGGGGGAUGAUGACGAAGAUGAUGAUGAGGAUGACGACGAAGAUAAAGAGAAGGAAGAAGAGGAUGAGGAGGAAAGCGAAGCACCUCAAAAAGAUGAGCUUUAAAGAUGGCGUCUCUCUUGAUCAGCGCUCUCCCCUUCCCUGGGCGUUCAUGUCUUGGAUAGGAGAGGGGAAAUGGGAUCGUUCUGUCUCUAUGAGACUCAAAAUUUAUAUAUAUUUUUUACAGUUUUUGUUUUAACCCUGUAAUGGAAGAUGAUCUGUCAAUCUUCCCUUAUCCCUUUUACCCAUAUCCUCUCUCCUUAUCCCCUCUUCAGUCUUGUCACCAAGUCUCCUGCCCUUUGGCCCUGGCUCCCAUUGCAGUAAAAAUCUGCGCCACCUCUGAAGUACGCUCCCCGGCCUUUCCCUGUGUGGAAGUGGCCAACCAGGAUAAUUUAAAUUGUGACCCUGCGCCCCCCUCCUUCAAAACCACUUCUGAUGACCUCCUCCCCCCAUCCGAAGGGCUUGUGAGGUGCAUUAGCCAUUGUUGCAAAACACCUGGUCAAAUAUUGCCAAACCCAGUCACAUUCAAUCAGCCCCCAUUCACAUUGCAGUAUCAAAUUAUGUCAGUGUUCUGUACAAUUUGGUUGUAGUUUUUAGGGAACUAAAGCUUUAAUUUAAAGCCACCUCUGAUCUUGAUGGCCAUGAGGCUGCAGCCAGUGACAAACCUCUGGGUGGCCAGAUUUUAGUGCAGUCUACCAACUGAGAACGUUUGGGUGUCAGUGAGUGGACAAAAAUAACUAAGCUCAUAAAAUUGGCUUAUUUCAGAGGUCGGUUUCAGCCUGCACUUGGCUGGCUCCCAUUUAAAGACGUCUGCCCUCAAGUGGUAAAGGGGACCGGUGGGAACAGCGAUUUGGCCCAGCUGAGACUCCUGUUUAGUCCCAGGAGCUUCCAUUGCCUAAAUCCAAGGGAUGCCGGUUCGUGGGGCUGAAUGUUGGCCCUCGGCUGUGAUUAACAGCUAUCCCGACCAGUUCUCUUUAAAUGAACUUGCCAACACAUGCCCCUCAUUGUGCCCUGUGAUGUGGUGAAGUGGGCCUUACUAGCCUUCAGUCCACCCUGCUUCAAGCUCUGAUUCUAAUUUAUAUUGAUGCAGGGAUCAUCGCCAGAAUGUAUGUAUGGGUUAAGUUUUGGAAUGUACAGAUGUCUGUAAAAUUUCUAAUUAAAGGAAAAACCUUUUGUGUCCAAAAA